AUGAUUCAAUAUAACGUAAAUAAUUUUGAAAUACCAAAAGAGGUAUUUAAUAAAAAUAUUAGUAAAAUACAAUCACAAUUAUAUAGUGUAUCUAAGUUUACUUUUAAUAAUUUAGAAAAAUCUAAAAACGAGAAUUAUGAAAAAGAUAAGAAAAAUAAAAUUCUUGUUAAUAGAAUUAAAUUUAAUAAAAAAAUAACUGUACCAAAGGAAGAAAAAAAUGCAAAGUACAUCAGAAAAAAUAAAGAAUCUAAAAUAUCAAAUAAAAUAAAUAAAACUACUAAUCUUAUUAAUAUUCCUGAAAAUGUGAAUAAAAAAAAUGUUGAUAGAAAUAAAUCGAAUAAAAUAGAAAAUACAUUAAAUAAGUAUACGCAAUUAUGUAAUAAAAGUAAUAAUAAUAAUUGUAAUAAUAAUAAUGAAAAUAAGUAUAAUAAUAAUGAUAAUGAAAAUAAGUUUUUAAAUUAUAAUGAUUUAAAAAAUAAUUCCUAUUUAAUUAAAAAUAAUAGUUGUUAUUUAAAUGAAAAAAAAAUUAAAAUUUGUGAAUUAGAUAAAAAAAUUUAUAAAAAAAGUGAUAUUUUGUUUAAUUUAAGAAAAAUAGAUAAUUCAUCAAAAAUAAACGCCAAACAAACUAAAAAAUUAAUAUGUGAAUUAAAAGAUAAAAAUAACUCAGAUGAUUAUAUGAAAAAAGAAAAUAAAUUUAUAAGUAAUGAUAAUAAUAGUUUUAGUGACUGUAGUAAUUAUAUAACAUAUCAAAAAAAUAUUAAUCAUAUUAUAGAUUCCGAUGAUGAAUGGAUUAAAAAAGACAACUAUGCAAAUAAUAUAAAUCUUGAUGAGAAAAAAAAGAAAAAUAAUGAAUAUUAUUCUAUUAAAAAUAGUGAUAUAUCAUCAUUUAAUAAAUUGAAUGAAAAAAAUACUAGAGUUAAAUUAAAGGAUAUAGAAAAAGUAAAAAAUAAUUCAUUAAAUUUAUUUUUAAAUUCUAAUACAAAAAAAAAUAAUUCUAAUUAUUUAUAUAUGAAUAUCAACAAUAAGAAAAAGUAUUCUUAUAAAAAUAUCAAUAACAAAAAAUAUAAUAACAAAAUAAAUAUAAAUUCUUUUGAGAAUAAAAAAUUAAACGAAAUUAAGCUAUUUUCUCAAGAUAAAAAUAAUAUAGAAAAAAAAAAAAUAGAUAAUUUAGAAUUGAGAAAAGAUGUUAAUGUAAAAGGUAAAUAUAUGAAAAAUAUGCCAAAAAAAAUAAUAUUUGAAGUAAAUAAAAAGAAUAAAGAAAAUUUGAAUAAAGAUUAUACAAAAAAAAAAAACAUAGUUAAUAAAAAAUUACACGUAAAUAAUAACAAAAAUGUAAGCGAAAAAAAAGGUAACACCAAAAUUAUUUCACCUAAUGUCUUACUUUCCAAUCAGAUCAAUUUAGAAAAAAAAGAGAAAUGCAAAAAUAUAAAGGUUAAUAAUAUCGUAAAAGAAGAUUGCAUUAAUAAGAAAAAUGAUAUUUUUGAUCAUUUUAAUAAUAAAAGAAUAAAUAGUGACAACAAUGAAAGUAAUAUAUAUGUGAAAUGUAAUUUUAAUAAUGAUGAAUCAAGAACAAAUGAUAAAGUAAGAUCUAAAGAUACUCACAUUUAUGCAUAUAGUAUAAAACAGGAAGGUGAAAAUAAUUCAUUGAAUUUUGAUAAAAAUGAAAAAAAUAUUUUUGAUGAUAAUGAAUAUGAAAUGAAUUUAAAUAAAUUAUGUUUUAAAUUUAAAAAUAAAAUAAUAGACGAAAAAAAUGAAGAUCGAAAUGUAGAUUACAAGCAAAAAAAAAUUGAAAAUAGUAACAUUUUUCAUUAUAAUACUAAUAAUAUUGAAAAUGUAAAUAAAAAUAAUAAAAACAAUAUUAAUAAUUUUAAUUACAAUAAUAAUGAUUAUAUUAAACAAAUUCAUGAUAUAAACUUCAUUAACUGUAGUAAUAACACUCAGUUUAUAAAUGAAAAUGUUAGUAGUAACAUAAUAGGCAAAAAAAGAUCUAAAAGUGUAAAUUAUCUAAAGGAUAACAAAUUUUUUAAUUCAUUAAUAGUUACCAAUGAACUUCGAAUAAAAAUGUGUUAUAGUAAUAAUUAUGUAGAUUUUAAAAAAUUAAAUUAUGGAAAUAUUUAUGAAGAAAAAAAAGAUGAAAAUACUUUUUUUCCAAUCAAUCAUGAUAGUUUUUUAAACUCAAGUGAUUUGUUUUUUAUAUCAGUAGAUUCAGAUAAAACAAAAUCAAGUACUCUACAAAAAAAAAAAAAAAAUUCACAUGUGAACUUAAAUGAUUUUAAUAAUUUAAUAACAGACAAUUUAAAACAAGAAAGUUUUCAUAAUUCUUAUUUUGGGGGUAUUAAUAGAAGUUAUUCAAAUUCUUUGAAUAUUAAUGAAAUUGAUGACAAAUUUAAUUUAAUAAAUGAAUAUUUAAUCGAUGAAAGUAAUUUAAAUAAAAAUAUGAAAAUUGAAAAUUCAAUUUAUAAAAAUGAUACAUUUGUUGAUAAGAAAAAUAAAGAAGAUGAUUCUGCAUUUUUUUCAUUAGCAGAUAAAAUUAAGGAUGAAAAAAAAUGUAAUUAUGAAAAAUUACAAACUGGAGAAUGUUAUGGUUCUAUAGAAAAUAAUUUAAAAGAUAUAGAAGAAAAAAAAAAGUUUUGUAAUAAAAAAGAUUUUUUUGCAUCUGAUAAAGUAUUAGGUAAUUCAAACAUAAUUAAUUUGAAUAUUUUUAGAGAAGUUUCAAAAGAUAAAGGUUUAGCUGCUAUAAAUGUAGAAAAAACAUAUAUCAAUGAUGAUUCUUUAUUAAUGAAAAAAAAAAAAAGUAAAAAUAAUAAUACCACUGUUAUACAGACUGAUAAUUUGAAUAUAAGUUGCAUUUCAUCUGAUAAUGAAUAUUCAACAUCAAAAAUAUUAAAAUAUGAUAAAGGUUCUUUAGAAGACAUUAAGAGAAAUAUUUUAAGUUAUGAUAAAAAAAAGAAAAAAAAAAAAUUGAAUUGUAAAGAAGGAAAACAAAACAAAAAAAAUAAAAUAUCGAAUAAAAUUAAAGAAAAAAUUGAAAGUGAUAAAAAAGAAUUUAUUAAAAAUACUAAUAAUGAUAGGAUAUUAAAAAGAAAAAAUCAUUUGUCAUUAUUAAAUACUGAAAAAAUAAAAAAUAUGUCUAUAAUUAAUUUAAAAAAAGAAAUCAAUGAUACUUUAAAUAUGAAAGAUUCUGAUAGUAUAAUAUGCAAACCAAUUAAAUCAUCAAAUAAAAAUAGUAACAAAAAAAAAAAAAAAAAAAAAAAAUUUGAUAAAUUGAUAAGUUGUAAGAUAAAAGAAGGAAAUAAUUUAUUAAGUGGUUGUAAAAAAAAUAAUAAUGUAUUAUCUUUGGAUUUAAAUGAUUUAACUAAUGAAAAGAAACAAAAAAUGAAAUCGAUAAAAAAAGUUAAAGUGAUUAAGGAUAAUAAUUUUAUAAAUAAUGAAAAAAAGAAUGAUUCAAUUAUUAAAGUAACUGAUAAAUGUUCUGAUAUAGUUAGUAAGAAUUUAAAAAAUAAGAAAAAAAAAAAAAAAAAAAUAAUAACACAAAAAAAUAAAAUAAAAAAAUCAUCGAAUUACUUAAAUUUAACAAAAAAUUAUGAAAAUAGUAAAAAUAUAAAUUUUAUCAUGAACAAAAAUGAUAAAGAAAUGGUCAUAAAUGAUUCUCUUAAAGAAGUAAAUAAAAAAAACAAAAAUGCAUUAUUAACCUUCAUGAAAAAUAACGAAAAUAUAAAAGAGGAAAUUCAAAAAAUAUAUAACAAAUUAAAAAGAAAAUCUUCGAUAAUAAAAGAUGGGAAUUUAUUAAUGAAGUAUGACAAUACCUCUCUUGUAAAAAAUAAAGAUAAGCUUACUAAAAAUUUCGUUAAAAAAAAUGUUUAUGAAAUUCAUAAUAAUAUAAAAUUUAAGGAUAAAAAUCAAAUUCAUCAAUUUUCUACAUUGAAACUCUUAAUAAGUAAAAAACAUAAAAAGGGUAUUAUAAAAAUAGAAAAAGAAAAAAAAAUUACAAAGAGUUUAAAAGCAGAUUUAUAUAAUACAAGAAAAGGGAAUAAAGAUAAAGGAAAAACUAGUUUUUUCUAUAAAAAAAAAUUAGAAAAGAAAAAUUUUGGUGAUAAAGUUAAUUAUAAAAAUGAUUUAAAAAUAUGUAAUCCGAAGUUUCCUUUUAAUAAUAAAAACAUAAAAUUAAGUAACUUUAAUUUUAAAAAUAAUUAUGAAAUUGUGCCAAUCAAAUCGAAAGUUUCCAAUAGUAAAGGAAAAAAAUAUUCUGAAAAAAUAAAAUUUAAAAAUAAUGAAAAAUAUACAUUAAAUAAAAAUUUGGUAGAUAUGAAUUACAUAAAAAAUAUAAUGGGUAAUAUUAAUUAUGAAAAUGAUUCUACUGAUUCAUGUUUUUAUAAAAAUUUGAAAUUAAAAGACAAAAAACAAGUAAACAUAUUAAAUAUUUGUUACAAUAAUAAUUUAUCAAUAAAUUAUAUUGAAAAAGAUAAAGAAAAAAUGUGUUAUACGAAAUCUUUAGAAAAUAGAAAUGAAUACUCAAAUAAAAAUUAUAAGAAAAAAAAAUUAGAGAAUAAAAAAAAAUAUACCUUAAAUAAAAUAAAUAUUAAAAAAAUUAUUAAAAAAGUUAAUAAGAAAAAAAAAAAAAAAUUCAAAAAAACCAAACAAAAAUUAAAUCUUACUACAUUUAUAUGUGAUGAAAAAAAAGAAAAAUUUCUUUUUAAUUUAUCUAAAAUAAUUAAACCUUUAAAAAGAAAUACUUUUAGUAAAAACCCCUUUGAAAAAAAUUAUGAAUAUUUAUUUUUUUGUCAGAAAGAAAAUACAAUUAAUUGUGACUUAGAGGACAGUUUAAAUAAAAAAAAAAAAUUAGUAGAAAAAGAACAAAUAAAUGAAAAAAAAAUAGAAAUCAAAAAUAUUGAAUUUCAGAAAAAAUCAAAUGAAGAAAUUAAUUCAGAGAAACAAUUAAAUAAAAAUAAUUGUAAUGUAAAAGAAAAAAAUACCUUUUUAAAACAACAUAAUUUAUACAAUGAAAAAAUAGAAAAUGAUUUUACCUUGAAAGAUAAUGUAUAUUUAAUAUAUAACAUGAAGAAUAAUUUUAAUACAAAUGUUCAUAAAGGUAAAAUUAGUUCAAAGAAUUUAGAGCAAAAAUAUAGUAAUUUAUUACAUGAAAAUAAUAUAUGUGAAAAAAAAAAAGAGAAAAAAUUCCAUUACUUAAAUGAGAAAAAAAAAGAUAUUCAUAACUCAAAAGAAAAUAACAUAAACAAAACAAAAAGUAAAAAUAAGGAAAUAAUAACGGAUUUAAUGAAAUCUAAUAAAUGUACUUUUGAAAAAACUGUAAAAUCAAAUUCACAUAUAUCUGACUCUAUAAAAAAUCUAGAAACACUAUUUUCUUCUAAUUGUAAAGAUAUAUUUAGAUAUAAAUCAGAAAAUUUAAAUAGCAACACAAAUCACAGUAGUUUUAGUGAAGUUAAAAUAUGUAAAGAUGACUGUAUAGAUAAAAAAGGAAAAUAUUACAAUUCAAGUGGUUUAUCUAAUAUUGUUCCUAAUCAUAUUAAUGAAAUACAUGAAAAUUAUAAUAGUAGCAAUGAUAAUAAUGAUUAUAAUAAUAAAGACAAUAUCAGUCAUAAAAGUAAUAGUAAUACUAUUAAUAGUUUUACUUCUAAUAAUAGCAAUAUAUUUAUAAAUAAUGAAAAUAUUAAGGAAGAUAUAAAAGAAAACAUGUUAGAAAUGAAUCCUAAAAAUUUAAUAUCUAAUUUAAAAGAUGAAAUAAAUACUACUAAUGUAGAAAAGUAUCCAGAAAGAUUUAUGCUGAAUUUAGAAAAAUAUGUAACGAAUCAUCGUAUAAAUGAAAUAAGUUUAAGAAAAAUAAUUUUGAAAAAUAAUACAAGCAAUUAUUUAAGUGAUAAAAAAGGAAAAAAUAAUUAUGAAAAAAACUUAAAAAAUUUUCCACAUAAAAAUAAAGAAAAAACACAAGAAAUAGUAAGAAAAGAAAUUAAAACAAACAUAAAAAGUAUUUUUCCUUUGGAAAAAGAGAAAUAUUUAUGGUGCUCCAAUGAUGUAAAUAUAAAAGAAAUUAAUCAUGAUUAUAUGAACUUUAAGAAAAAAAAUUUAAUUAAUAAUAAAAAUUCCCAAAAAAAAAAAGAAUAUCCAAAUGAAAUUAAAAAAGUUGAAGAUAUAAAUAAUAACAUAAUAUUUUGUUCUAAUUUCUUUCAUAGUAAUUCUCCAAAACAAAAUACAUUAAAUAAAAAUGAUACAAAUAUGAUAAGAACUUUUACAAUUAAGGAACUUUUAUCAAAUAAAAUAAAACAAAUAAAAAAAAAAGAAGGAAUUCUUAGAACUAUAUCUAUGAAUAAUAUUUGUAGAAUUGUUUUUCCGAAAAGUAACCUUUUUAAUUCAAAUAAAAAAAAUAAUAAUUUAAAUAAAAUAAAAAAUAAAAAUAAUAAUAAAAGAUCCAAUAGUACAUUAUUAAUUAAUAAUUAUAAAUCAUUUCCAUAUAAAUUAAAUAAAACAAAAAGCUUAAUUUACAUAAAAAAUAAUAAUAAACACAUAAAUUAUAAUUCUAAUAAUAAAAAUAUAAAUGGUAAAUUUAAAACAAAGGAAAAUUAUAUUAAUUCUAAAACUCUUAAGUUACCACAUGAUGAAAUUUUUAUUUAUUCAUUUAAUUUAAAUAACAAAAAAAUUUAUAAAAAACAAAUAAAGGAGAAUAUUACUUUAAAAAAAAAUAAAUUUUAUACAAAUGAAAAAAUUCAAAAAAACAAUUUAUUGAAAAUGGGAAGUAAUUAUAAUAUUUUAAAAAGAAAUAUAGUAAAUAAAUACAAUAAAAAAUAUAAUUUAAAUAAUCAUAACAUGAAUUUUUUUAAAAGAAAAAAAAGUUCAACAUUCUUUAAAACAAGUGAGAAAAUUUCUAAUAAUUUAAACAAAAAUAUAGAUGAUAAUGAAAAUAUUUUACAGAAAAAAUAUCCAAUUAAAAAUAAAAAUAUAGAUGAAAGCAAAAAAAUUAAAAAAUGUUUUUCAUUGUUAAGUGAAAAAUUAAAUAGAAAAUUUUCUUUUACAAAUAUCAACUUAUUAAAAAAUGAAAAGGGAAAUCAAAAUCAUUUUAAAUCAACUCCAUGUUUUCUUUUUGAAAGCACAAUGAAGAAUAAUAAGAAUAAAUCUGAAGACAACAUAGAUAUUAAAAAAUAA